GACCGACCAGACACUACAUGUGAGGUGUCCAGGAAAAAAGAAAAGUUGAGAUUGUUGUCUGGUUUGUGCAAUUACUGAACUUCUCCAAGGUGGGUGUGUGGUGGAAAGUGUCAUUUAAAAUUCUCCAAACCACGAGACAGACAGCACAAGAUUUACACAAGCUGUUGGUGCCAGCAGUCCUGUUUUGACAUCCAUCGACCUUCCACACCUUCCUGGCACUGCAGCACGCGUGCAGACAGCCGGAGAAAUAAGAAACAACAAAAGAGAUCAUCUUAAAGAGAAGAAAAGGAGAAGCAGGAUAUAAAAAGGAGAAAAAAACCUGAUGAUAUCAAAACUGUGAUGUAGCAGAAAUUAACCCAAAAUUCUGGUGUGAUGGGCAAGUAUUUUGUUUGUGAAACACCCGUGCUGCUAGACUCUGAUGGAAUUUAAUAUGUAACAGAGAUUUGUCAUGACUCAGGAGUCAAGAUCCAACCUGGUGUGAUGAGAUGAGCCAGGUCACACUGUCAUAUGAAAUAUAAGACAUGCUUCCAGUGUGGUGGCAACCCUCAGCUGAAAUAGGGCCUUUGCAGGGUGGAGGCAGCAAGCUACAGCCAGGACCUGUCACAUUACUCUCAGCUCCACAGUGGGACGAGGGCACCUGAAUACAGGCUGUGAGGGAGGGUAACAGAAUGUGAGUGGAACUAGACCAAACAGGCAAACAAGGACGCCUUUGCAGUAGCAACAGAGUCUGACUUGGGACUUUGUAGACACUUUUUCCUCUUGAAUCAAGGGGAACGCAGCUGUGUGUCACUAGAGAUUGUGGAUAAAAGUACUCCAGCUCCUCUGUAAGACUUUGGAUCUGUUUGAAAAAGAGACAGCACAAUGGAUAAGGAUGCUCUACUGGACUAUGAGUAUCCAGACUCGGAUCCUCUGCCAUCCAAAAUUGAAGCGGAAAUAAUCCUUCCGUGUGACCCUACUGCUGAUGACAGGCUCUACCAUAUAUGCAUCACUACGAUAUCUCUUGUUGUCAUGCUGAUCCUAGCAAUUUUAGCCAGGCGCAUGAAGGUGGGCGACAGACAGAAAGGACUCCCAGGUUUACUCAGUCCGGUCAACUUCCUAGACCAUACGCAGCACAAGGGCCUGGCAGUGGCUGUGUUUGGAGUGCUCUUGUGCAAACUGUGGGGCCUGAUCGUGUCGCCAAACCCCCUCCCCUUCACAGCAGACACAGAGAAUAAACAGAACUGGGUGAUUCUGGGAGUCUUCUACUACCCCGCACUAUACUACCCUCUCCUGGCAUGUGGUACUUUACAUAAUAAAGUUGGCUAUGUACUUGGUAGCCUCUUGUCAUGGACGCACUUUGGAGUUCUGGUCUGGCAGAAAAUUGACUGUCCCAAAACGCCUCUGAUACACAAACACUACUCCCUUUUCUCCAGCCUGCCCCAGAUAGCUUGCUUGGCAUUCCUUAGUUUCCAGUAUCCCCUUCUUCUAUUCAAGGGCUUGAAGGGCACUGAAAAGAACAAUGCUACAGAGGAUCUCAGCAGCAGCUACUAUAAAGACUAUGUAAAGAAAAUGCUCAAGAAGAAGCCCACCAAAAUCAGCACAGAGACACCCAAGCUCCCUCAAAGAAUAAUUGAUGCUGUGAAGUCAUACAUUUAUACACCAGAGGAAGCUUUCCGUUUUCCACUGAAGUUGGCUAUAUCUGGUGUAGUGUCAUUUAUAACCCUGUAUCAGGUGGGUCUUCUGCUGAUCUCUGCAGUGGUGCCAUCUCUCCAGACUGCCCGUUUUGGAGUCAAUGAAGACAUCGCCAACCUUUUAGCUGGCUUCAAGAUUGUGCUGUCUCCAGACAAACAUGAAGUGAUCAGAAUAGUGGUUUAUUACAUGUGGUGUGCAGAAGUGUGCUAUAUCUCAGCUAUGACCCUGUCUGGCUUGGUCAACCUGGCUAUGCUCAUGCGGUCUAUGGUUCUGCAUCGGUCAAACCUGAAGGGGCUGUACAGAGGAGAUAUCUAUAAUGUUUACAACUGCCAGAGAAGUAUCAGGGCUUCCCGGCCAGCACUGGUCUGCUGGAUGGGAUACACCAGCUUCACAGCAGCUCACAUCUGCAUCGGCAUGAUCGUCCAGACCAUGGUGUUUUUCCUUUGUCUUCUGAUCGCUGUCUUCCUCAUUAUCAUACCAAUCCUGCACGGACAGAAUCUGAUCCUCUUUCAGAUCCUGUGGAGCAUGUGGCCCUUCUGGCUGAUGAUUCUCUUGGCUGUGUUGCUUCAACAUAUCACCGGCAGGUUUUGCUUUAUCAAAAAAACAGCAGGCACACGAGACCUAAAUAACAGGGGUAAUCUGUUCCUGCUGACGUACCUGCUGUUUCCAGUCAAUGUUCUGAUCGGGGUGCUACUGGCACUGUGGCGCAUGAUCAUCACAGCCCUGUUCAACAUUGUCCACAUGGGACGCAUGGACAUGAGUCUUCUUAACCGCGAUGUGGAGGCAUUUGACCCAGCCUACCGCUGCUAUGCUCAUUAUCUGAAGAUCGAGGUGAGCCAGUCUCACCCUGUGAUGAAGGCUUUCUGCGGCAUCCUGCUGCAGUUUAUGGGCCAGGAGAGCAAUGCUGCACAGAGGUCACGGGACGCUGAAGAGGGGAUCCAGCUGGUCCAGCAGGAGAAGAUACAGCACAAAGUGUCCAUUGCCAAGAGAGCCCGCAGGCACUGGCAGCUCCUCUACACCCUGGUCAACAACCCCUCCCUGGUGGGCACCAGGAAACACUUCCAGCAUCAGACCACAGAGAGCUUUCUGAAUGGAAGCCUCAACCGCAUCACCAAGGAGGGGAGCAAAAAGGAGGCAGCAACCAAGGAGGCAGAGGCCGCUGCCAGCAACUGAACAUGAAUGUGACCCUGAUUAAGAAUUGACUGCAAAGUCACUUUUGGUUUUGGGAAAAUUCACAAUUUAGAGAUAUUCACCAAGCCUUUCCUGUCUGGAGAUUGUGUGUCCACUUUGUGCUCUUCAUGUUUCCCUGGUUGUUUAUAUGUGAGGGCCACAGUCUUCUGUCUGAUGGGAAAGCUUAUGUGGCACUGACCUCCAUCUAUACACACUCGUUAUGUGUAAUUUUCAACAUGUUUAUGUGCUUAUUUUGGGAUAGCACUCGUUUGCUUUAUGUUUCAACCUGUAGUUUAAUCACAUGCUUUCCAAUAUGUUGUUAUUAUCAUAUAGGCCUAGUGCAGAUAAUGCAAAUGUGUAGUUGCCCAAACUAAACACAUGGAUGUGCAAUCCACUGAAGCAUCCUUUUUUAGAUGUAUUAUUAAUAAGUAGAACAUUUCACUAUUUAUGAAUUUACAGAAUGAGCUGUUUUCAAAGACUGGGUAAUACAUUUCUGUUUUCAAUUGUACACAUUUUGUGUAAUUAACAAUAACCUGUGGAAUAGGAACUACCAGACAACUGAAUCUGUUUGUAUUUUCGGUUUUAUUUGUAGAUCUUUAAAAGUCCAAAACCACUUGCAGCAACCAGUGUUUUCUUAUUAACAUUACAUCGUUUGUCUCUGCAUUUACACUUACAAUGCUGACUUUUAAGUGAAAAUACGAACACCGUAUUUUCCUUCUGAUUACUGUGAAAAUAAAACUGAAACAGAA